AUGUUACAAAAUACAAAGUUACCAGGCUCUCCCGCCGUGAACCGCGCGGCCCGCCAUGGGCCCGCGCCGGAGCCGCAAGCCGAGGCCCGGAGAAGGCUCAGCGCGAGCCCGACCCCAGGGACGCCCAGGCGGAGCGCCUCCUUGGGGGCCUCCAGUCUGCGAGCUCCGCGGAAACAUAGCUGGCUCAAAGAGAUCCGAAAGCUUCAGAAGAGCACAGACCUCUUGCUGAGGAAGGCUCCCUUCAGCCGAGUGGCAGCAGAAGCAUUUUUAGUCCACCUCUUCGAGGAUGCCUACCUCCUCUCCUUACACGUUGGCCAAGUCACUCUCUUCCCCAAGGACGUGCAGCUGGCCAGGAGGACCCGGGGCAUUCAGGAAGGACUCGGCUGAUCGCCUGCUGCAGUCUCCGGAAGUCCUUCCAGCUCAGCAGAGAGGAUGAUACCUGGGACCCCAGAGUCACCACUAAACCCAGUGACAUCUGCCGUGCUCCCUGGACCUUGCUACCUUGCUGUCUCUGAGCAGUGUGUGCGUGUUGCCUUUGACAUUUUCUGUGUGAAGGAGAAGACCGCG